AUGGGCCGAAAGGGCCACUCCCAGGAGCGAGUUGCUGCAGAGCCCUCGUCAUUCCAGGAUGCCAUCGGUGACCAGCAGGCGGUCGCCGUUGCCAUCCUGCAAAAACGGAGAAGGGAGGACGCCGACUUCGAUACCGAGCAGACCGCCCAGACCUGUUCUUCGCGGCCCUUUGCCCUUUUAGAAUGUCCCAAGUCGACCUUUGACGUCCUGCAGCACGCACCCGCCCACUCCUCCCUCUUCGCCGCCCUCCCGCCCGAGACAUGGCAGCUCGCCACCCGCAAAUUCCUUCCCCUCCCGUCUGUCAAACGAGCUCGUGUUGCGUCAGGCGAUGCCAGCCCCGAACGAAGUCGACGUACCCCGAAAGCCCCAUCGCCACCUCUCGGAGUCCUCUCGGAGGACGAGGUUCUCUCUCGAUCCUUUCACAUGGACGACGUGCCUCCCCAAGGGGGCUAUCACCGCGACGGGGAGGUUGCCCACUCCAAGGACGGCUGGGCGGCUAGUGGACACAGAAACGUCGUGUGUAGCCGGUGCUGCGUGGAAAUGGGCGCCGACGGCGAUAUUGCCUGUCUUGGGUGCUUGUCACGCAUGGAGGGCUCCUAA